AUGAACUCACUCUCCAAAGUAGUCAACAGUCAACGGUGCUGUCGAGUUGGAGGCAAGCACAACGACUUGGACUGGGUUGGCUAUGAUUUAUACCACCACACGUUUUUCGAGAUGCUCGGAAGCUGGUCUUUCGGCUCGUACUUCAAAGUGGCUUAUUCUCGUUAUUUGAAGGAAGAAGCAUGCCAGAUGGCCUGGGAGUUGCUGACAAGUCCUCAUUAUUUUGGAUUGGAGAAGGACAGACUGUACAUCACAUAUUUUGGAGGGGACUCUUCUUUGGGCCUCUCCCCCGAUUUUGAGACCAGAGAUAUUUGGCGGGCUUUGGGACUGGGAGAUGGCACGGUGACCCCACUUCCGUGUCCGGGGGUUGACAACGGAAUCGGACUUGAGAGGAUCACGGCGGUCCUCAAUGGAUUAACCUCAAACUACGAGACCGACCUUUUCCGUCCUCUUAUAGACCAGAUUGGACUUGUGACCCCGAAUGGUCCCUACCGUGGACUAGUGGGGCUUGAUGACGUCAGAGACGUUGAUAUGGCCUACAGAGUAGUGGCGGAUCACUCCCGGAUGUUUACAUACGCCAUUGCCGACGGUCUAAUGCCGGGAAAUAGAGGAAACGAGUUGAAUUUGUUUAAUGUUUUUAUAGAAUGA